UUAGUGAGUGUGUCCCUCGGAGUCUGUUACUGGUUUCACUGGAGCAGCUUUUUAAAACAAGCUGCUGGUUUCCACCCGGGUGACGUUACUAGUGACAUGACUGUAAUCACCGGGUUCAGCCAGGAGGUGGCAGUAGCUCAAUUUAAGGGUCUCCAACAUCAGCCGGAAGUGACACAACGAACCCGCGGCGAGCAGAUGUGAUCGGACGAGGAUCGGUUCGUUCAUAGCUUCAUGCUAACAUCUGAACGUCAGAGAGUUUAAUCAGCUUCCAGCCGUCAUUUCCUGCUUCUACCUCAUGGCGGCGCCCCUCCCUCAGCUGGCCGGCCUCCCCCCGCAGCAGCAGCAGCCUCCUCCCGGGGCGCUCCGGGAGAUCUCCCCGGUGUUCCUCUGCAGGAUCGGACAGGAGACCGUGCAGGACAUAGUCACGCGCACCAUGGAGAUCUUCCAGAUCACGCGCGCCACGCAGCUUCCGAACGGGGUCACUCAGAGCCACGCCGUGUACCAGGACCGCUUCGGGAAGCUCCAGGAACAUCUGCGGCAACUUGCCCUGCUCUUCAGGAAGCUCCGGCUGCUGUAUGAGCGCUGUGUCGAGAUGACCUCUGACCUGCAAGAGGUGCCGACGGAGCUCGUCCCAUAUGUCGGAGAGGAGCUGGUUUCGGUCCGAUCGGAGCCCUGCAGCCCGGGGGUCAUCCAGGAACGACAGGAGGUUCUGGAGAAGGUACAUCAGAAGAACCAGGAGAUGAAGUUUCUGAUGGACCAGAUGAGGAACCUUCUAUGGGAUGUUAACGCCAUGCUGACGCUCAGGAAGUGACACUAAAUGAUGGCGAAUACCAGGCUUUGGACACAGGACCAUCCUCCUCCUCACUGACCCUCCUCAGCCUGGUUUUUCCUCCUGCUCCUUUUCAUCCCUGGUCCUGGUUCCUCCUCCUCAUCAUCACUGACCCUCCUCAGCUGGGUUCAUCCUCCUCCUCUUGAUCCUGGUUCCUCCUCCUUUCAUUACUGACCCUCCUCAGCCUGGUUUCUCCUCCUGUUCAUCACUGACCCUGGAGCAGCUGAAGCUCUUUGCUUCUCUGAGGUGUUUCCUUUCAGCUGGAGGCAGCUAAUGACUCAGUUUGUGUUUAGAUCAGUGUUUUAGAGCUGACAGCAGUUACAGGUGAGUGCCUGCAGGUGGCGCUGGUCUCUUUCCUGUGUGUUUACUGAGCUUCCUGAGUGGGAGGCGUCUCCCUGUUCACUCUAAUGGUGUGUUUUUGUAAACUGAUGUGUUUUUGUAUGAAAUAAACCAUUCUUUUUAAA